CUACUGCCCCGCCCCUUCCCCCGUCUCCGCGGAAACGGGGGCGUCCAGGUAGUGAUGUCGUGGAAGAGGAACUACUUUGCGUCGGGUGGCGGAGCAGUAGGCGGGGUGCAGGGGCUGGUGAACCCGAGAACCAUGACCUCCAUCGCACCCAGCAAAGGCCCUGAGCACGAACCAGGACAGAACAGUUGUUUCCUGAACAGCGCUCUGCAGGUUUUGUGGCAUCUCGACAUCUUCCGCAGAAGCUUUCGACAGCUGACCACACACAAAUGCAUGGAGGACUCGUGUAUCUUCUGCGCUCUGAAGAGUAUCUUUGCCCAGUUCCAGUUCAGCAGUGAGCGGGUGCUGCCGUCCGAUGCACUGCGCAGCGCUCUGGCCAAGACUUUCCAAGACGAGCAGCGUUUCCAGCUCGGCAUCAUGGACGACGCUGCAGAGUGCUUUGAAAACCUCCUGAUGCGGAUCCACUUCCACAUCAGUGCGGAAAGUCGGGAAGACAUCUGCACGGCCAAACACUGUAUACCCCACCAGAAGUUCGCCAUGACUCUGUUCGAACAGUGUGUGUGUAACAGCUGUGGAGCCACAUCAGACCCCUUGCCCUUCAUUCAGAUGGUUCAUUACAUCUCCACUACAUCCCUCUGUAACCAGGCAGUGAGGAUGCUGGAGUGCAGAGAGAAACCCACACCGGACAUGUUUGGAGAGCUACUCCGCAACGCCAGCAACAUGGGAGACCUGAGGAACUGCCCUAGUAAUUGCGGGGAGGUGUUGCGUAUCCGCCGGGUGCUGAUGAACUCUCCGGAGAUCGUGUCCAUCGGCCUGGUGUGGGAUUCGGACCAUUCAGACCUGGCAGAGGACGUCAUCCACAGCCUGGGAACCUGCCUUCGUCUGGGAGAUUUGUUCUACCGUGUGACAGAGGAGAGAGCUCGCCAGGCGGAGCUCUACUUGGUGGGCAUGGUGUGCUACUACGGCAAGCACUACUCCACCUUCUUCUUCCAGACCAAGAUACGCAAGUGGAUGUACUUCGACGACGCCCACGUCAAAGAGAUUGGCCCUAAGUGGAAGGACGUGGUGUCUCGCUGUAUCAAAGGCCACUAUCAGCCCCUGCUGCUGCUCUACGCUGACCCCCGUGGGACGCCGGUGAUACUGCAGGACAGCCCCAACCCCUGUUCCAGCUCCAACCCGCAGCUGGAGCUCCAGCACUGCAGCAGCAAGGCUGGCUACGACAGCGAAGACUCCGGUCGGGAGCCGUCCAUAUCCAGCGAUACCCGCACCGACUCUUCGACAGACAGCUCCAGCCACCGCACCUCCCGCAGCCGCUCACUCCACCAGUCCACGGGAAGCCACCUGUCCAGCGAAUCGCAGACCACGGUGGUCUGUAAUUACGACAUCAGCACACCGCCGCACGGUGCUGACGUUGGAGAGUCAGCGGUGGAGGGUCCUCCCCGUCCUCCCUCUCCUCCUCUGCCGGAGUACAAGGAGACGGCCGUCUUCCUCCUCUCCUCCCGCCGGCCUCUUACCUCCUCCUCUUCCUCGUCGCGCCCCCUGUCCUCGUCUUCGUCGUCAGGGGUCGGAGGCUGCGAGGGAGGGGCCGGGGGGCCUCACUGGGAGGAUGAGAGCACCAGCAGCGAGAGCAAGUCCAGUUCUUCUGGAGGACGCUACAGGCCAACCUGGAGGCCCCGGAGGGAAGCCCUGAACAUAGACAGCAUCUUCACCCGCCAGAGAGGCUCGUCUCUGGGCUACAACACCUUGCCCGGCCCUCCCGUCCCUCCGGAGCCCCAGGACUCCUUCCCUUUGGCCGGACCCGCCCCGCCCGCACAGCAGGGGCCGCAGGAGUUGGAAGGGAGGGAGGUCGGGGAGCCGGAGGCGGGGUUUGGGCUGGUCGGGCAGCCCAGAUCUGUAGGGGGCGGUGGGCGGACGAUGGGUCCCCCUGCCCCUCCGCCUCUGAGAGGGGUGGAGCACCAGCCACGUCUGAUUCAGAGGAUGGAGAGUGGCUACGAGAGCAGUGAGAGAAACAGCAGUAGCCCCGACAGGGAGGUGGGACAACAAAAACGGGUGCUGAUGUCAGGACCUUCAUGGCGCUCGGUGCCCAAGUCAAAGAGCAGCGGUGCCAUCCUACAGGAGCUGCCCUCGCCCAGCUGGGGAGGGGGCACCAACACAGGCUCAGGGCGCAGUGAGCUGGACGAGCUUCAGGAGGAGGUGGCGAGGAGAGCCCGCCAGCAGGAGCAGCAGAAGCGCAGGGAGGCAGAGCGGGAGGCGGCCAUGGGAUUUAACCCUAAACCCAGCAAAUUCAUGGACCUGGACCAGCUCCAGCACCAGGCUGUGCUCAGACCCCUGCAUGAGGCUAACGCUCAUAGCGGAUUGGCUGUAGCUGCGUGCAUGAGGAGCACUGGGGGCCCAAUCAAACGCAGGCAGGAACAGGAAAUGGAGCGGGACACAGGAAGCGCCCGCCCACAGGGGCCUCGCAGUGAACAGCCUGGCCCGGUCCAAGUACUGCUGACGCCCAAUCAGGAGGAGGAAGAGGACCAGGCCACGCCCACCCAGGACGCCGCCCUGGGCCCGGGCCCGGGCCCGGGCCCAGACCCGGACCCGCCCCCUCCGCCCUACCGGCCCGCUCCCCCCCGACCGCCGCUCACCCUCAGCAUCGCCCACCCCUGUGCCCCGUCGGCAAGCCCGACGGAGGCGGAGGAGGUCGGGUGGGGGGUGGAGGGGGAGGGCGGUCUGGGGGCGUCAGGGGUGAGGCUGUGUGAGCUGCUGCAGGCAGGGGGGGUGAGCGUCAGACCCCUGGGGAAGCACUUAGCCAUCUCCCUGCCCUCGCUUCCUCUGCGUCUCUGGGAUACACCACACACCGCACAUGCCGCACACCUCGAACCCACGCACACACGCCCCCCUCCCCCCCCUCCGCCGCCGCUGCCCUCCACCCCUCCCCUGUCGUCCCCCCUGGAGAGGAAGCCGGCCCCAGCCCCGGCCCCCGUGUGGCAGCCCCCGCCCGGGCCGGAUUCCCCCGUUGACGCCGCCGCUCAGCAUCGGCCGCGCUACAGCACGCGCCACUGGUCGUCAUGGAGUCUGGACCGGCCCGACGCCGUGGUGACGCCGUACGACACGCCCCCAGACCGCUGCGUUCCCAUCAGGCCGCAGCCGCCCACACACACAUACAGCUACAGCUGUCAGUCCUCUCCUGGGCACUGCAGCUCCCAGCAUGCCCCUGGGCAACGCAGCGGGUCAUGGUGUGAGCGUGAGGAGGCGGAGCUUACGGAGCUGGACUCACUGUACCAGGCCAGUCUGUUGGCAGGAAAAACAGGCUGCAGUCCAUCUGAGAGGCUCAUCUCCAGGGUGGGGGGACAGUUCCGUUCGAAGACCCCCAACGCAGACAUGGAGAGGAGUGUGUACGGGGCCGACUGCACCAGCAGCCCCACCUACCUCAGCCAGCCGAUGCUGUUGCGGGAUCAGCGUUUGGGGGCGGAGCCUGGCGACGCGGAGAGCCUUCGGCGAAUCGGACGCAGCCUGAGCGGGACGAUGGUGGCGUCUCGCCGCGGCCGGCUGACGGCCACGCGCAGCCUGGAGCUGUCGGGCGGCGCUGGGAGUUUCUGGCUUUGUCUGACGGGGGUCAAGCUGUCGUCCGACCAGAGCCCCGCCCUUUUCCACUAGCGCCGCUGCGGUUGGUCGACCACCUUCGCCUUGACAGACCUGGAAUUGGCUCAGGAGGAUCAACUCAGCUCCCGCCCUUCCUCCUCCUCUUCCUCCUCCUCUUCCUCCUUUUUAGCCCUUAAAAUGACAUGCACACGCCAACACAUGCACGCACACAUGCACAUCUGCACUGACGUAGAGCCUCCCUCGGCGCCUGCAGCACCCCGCUUAGCCCCUCCUUUGCCUUCGCCCCGCCCCCUUUGACCUUCUACUCUGUCUAUGCAGUCACUCUGAACCCCAACUACAACCUCAGCCCCGCCCCCCCACCCCCCAGGACUGUUGUUUCUCAUCUCCCCCUGGGUUUUUGCCUGCGUCGUCGGCCCGGCCUUGGCAGGAAACGCCGCUUUUUGAAGCGACGUUCGCCACCAUUUCGUCUUCUUCAUUUUUAUUUAUUUAUUUUUUUGGUUCUUUUUGCCGGGCCUGAUUUGGGACCUGACUCCGCCCACACAGGAUCCUCAGCUCAGGGGGAGGCUCUUAACAAGUAGCCACGCCUCUUCCUCUUUCUUCACGGGCAUUUCCUAUUGGACGCACACGUAGCCGAACUGGGUCUGUUUCAGAUGGACAGCCAUAUUUUUUCUGAUUUUGCUUUUGUCGGUUUUAUUUUUUUAUUUUAUUUUUUUUUCCUGUGUGCGCACACAGUAAAACCCGCCCGAGACUGAACUCUAAUAACUAAAAAGUCAUGUACAGAAAAACUCAUGUAUGAAACCUGUAUGUUAAUUAAUAAGACCUUAUGGAAUGUUGAUAAUGAUAAUUACUGAAUAUUGAUAAACUUAAAGUGGUACUUCCUCAUGUCUGCAUUUCAAUAGGAGUGGAGUGCACUUCACAAGUGUCUAGCUGGAGUCCCCGCCCCCCAAAAAAACGCUCGCCGACCUAAUGACAGCUCUCCCGUUUCUACCGGGAGAUUAAACAAAGACAAGCGCUUCCUUUUUCUCUGCCUCUUUCCUUUUGUCUUUGCUUUGUUUCCUUCUUUCUUUGCACCAGAAAUGGGCCAGAACGAGGGGAAUGUAGGUUAGUAAACCCACCUCUAGGCUUUUAUCAAUGAGACCACUCAGAAGUGCACUUUACGAAGGCUAUUAGACUGAGAAGUGCUCUUCGAAGGAGCCGGAAAACACGAGAAAAAAAAAAAAAGGAAAGAAAAGAAAAGAAAAGUGGACGGCGUUCGUUUGUUUGUUUUACUCGAGGCCUCAGGUGAACUUCACUUUAUUUUUUUCCUCCCUCCUUCCACUUCAAACCUCGGACGUGAACGGACAACGCUCAUCUUCAGCCUGAGACGGAGAAAUGUCUACUACGAACAUGCUUUCUAUGAUAUAUAUAUGUAUUAGAGGUAUAUUUUCAGCCAGUGAGCUAUCUACUUCACAGAGAUGUCAGUGAUUAACGCCCCCUUUUACUGAGUAGCAGUCUGACAUGUAGAUGACAUUUAUUAUUCUACGCUUUAUUCUAUUCAAUAACGGCGUCCUCGUUGUAGAAAAGCGGCCGACGCGAAGGUACCGAAGGAUUUAACGAUCGUUGUAACUAAACCAAAGGUUGGCACUUAACUCAGAGAGCGUAUUUAUUAUUAACGAUGCUGUUUGUGUGGUUUUUUUUGUUUGUUUUUUUGUUUUCGUUCUGACUUUUCCGUUCGUUUCCUUUCGGGUUCUGGAAGUGGGAGAAUGUAGCCAAUUGUAGCGCAUGAGUCCGCUAUGCAAAUCAAUCCCCCCCCCCCCCCAGUCAGGAGGCAGACACAAGCCCCGCCCCACCUUGCCCCUCCUCCCCAGACCCCGCCCCCUCCCCCCCGGCCUCUGACCUCUGACCUCCGACCCCUCCCCCAACGGGCGCUCUCUCUCUCUCUCCUGGACUCGGUCAGAGAUGCCGGAGAGGUGGAGGAGAUCUCACGUUAAUGCUGCUGGUGAACUUCGUUGUUCUGCAUCUACUGCUACGUUUUAUCGAACGCAGAAAGAGAGCGACGAGGACGGACGGACGAACGGCGACGACGAGCGCGAAUGAAUGUAAACUCUGCGACGGUUUGCGACAGAUGGUCCGAGGGUUUAACUCCGGCUGAGAGUUCAAUGUUUGUGGGUUUGUGUCAGUUCUGGGCUUGGUGUUGCUCGGGGAAAGAGGGAACCUGUAUUUUUGCAAUAAAGUUAUUACCAAUGCACUCCUACAGGGGGCGUAACCACCGGAAA